UUGCUAUAAAGUAGAAAAGCUGGGUGAACAUCCUCUAAGUGUGAUGAUUCCAUAAUUUUUGCCAGGGGUUGUAUGAUGAUGUGUGUAAGCCCCUGGUGUAAGGCUGACUGAGCUGAAUGGCAUCUUGUUGGUGUUAUUCCUGGCUCAGGAGCUUCACUCAACUUCAUUCCCCAAAAGUUUGUUUUUCCUGCUUCACUUAUCUGCUGACAUCCAUGGAAGAAAAGACACCAGAAACAUCUACAGUCAUGGAGCCUGGUACACUCUUAAGAAGAAUACUCUUAAUAAUCAUAUUCCUCCGAGUGUCCGCUUCCUCCAGCGCAGCGGUGACGGUAAACGGCUCGGCUCGGCUCUCCUGCAACAAGCCCUGCUCUGGUGAAGUUAAAUGUGUGUAUGCAAAGGGGUCUGAGAUUCUGGUGAUCAAGUGUAAGCAGGGCUCCUGUGUCGAAGGUGACGCUUUUAAGAACAGAACAGAGCUCACGUUUUCAGAGGACGGUUGUUGUCUUCAGCUGAACAACAUCCAGUACAGCGAUGACGGCAUGUACAUCUUCUCCUGCGACAAAUCAGAGUUAUGUCGCAAAUCGCUGGAUGUACUCGCUCCUGUUCCAGUUCACGCGGCCGUUGGAGAGAACGUGACCAUUCCAUGCUACGCUCACACCAACAAGAUCAUCGCUGAUCGUGACAUCAUGUAUCGGUGUGAAAAAGAUGGUGAACUGGUUGUGGCGCUUCAGCAAGGGAACGUGCUCUACGGUCCAGGUUUCGACGUAUCCCGCGUCUCCGUGUCCCUGGACAAGUAUAAACACGGAGACCUGUCUCUGACCAUCUCCAACGUCCAGCCGUCUGACGCAGGAACAUAUCGCUGUACACACAGACAUGAGGAACCCGUUCAACCCGAGGCCUUCACUCUCACCAUCACCACUACCCUGCCGGCUAAAGACGUCACGAAUUGUUCUACGGCUGGAAGGGAGCAGAUGACGUGGCCAUGGUGGGGAGUUCUGGUAGAGAAUAUUGUUAUUGUUCUUCUUGGGGUGGUUUAUGUUUUAUUUAGAAAAUGGCAAAGAAAAAAAGCACAGAAGCAAUCCAGCAGUGAGCAAGCCUCAAAUUCAUCUUUCUCUGAUGAUCCUUAACUGGUUAAAUGUGAAUGAGUUCUCAGUAGCAGUUGUUGUUUACCGUAUCAGUAGCUACACAUACACUAUGAGAUGAUUUGAGAAUAAUGGGGUAAAAAAAAAUGAAGGGAAGUCUGACUGUCAUCUGUGGCUGGGAGACUAGAGAGUAAAGCUGACCGUGUUGUCUGGGUGGGAGGGGCUUACUCGCCAGAACGCAGCUUCACGUCCUUCCUAAGUUCUCCCACACCACCCCAUUGCUACGCUCCCUCCACUAGCUUCCUGUAGCACUGAUGCUCGCCUAAAAAGCUAAAAACGGACCAGUACCCACUUUCCUCAAAGCAUUUAUCACAUCCCGCACUGCACCACGCUCCCUCCAGUCCUCCAGCACUGCUGGACUGCUCCCUCCAUCUCUCAGACCUACCUCUUCCUAAAGCACUUAAAUUAUCACUUUAAUUUAAAUAAAUUAUGUUCUCUGUGUGCAUUAUUUAAUAUAUUACCUCCCCAACUGAUAGUAUUCUCAGUCUGUGACCUAGUGAAUCAGUAUCAGGAUGUAUUUAUUGACAGAGACUUCACAGCACUUCUGGAUAAGUGCGUCUUCCAAAUACCACAAAUGUAAAUGUAAAUGGUGCUGCUAUGAUGUGCCUUUUCCACUGAUGCACAGGAAGUAACCUGUACAGUAGGUGGAGCUGUUUUUUUUUUGUUUGUUUUGUUUUCUUUUGUUCAACUGUAACAUUAUUUCUGCUGCCUUUUACAAGAACAACAGCAGCAUGUGAUUGUGUGUGAGCUGCUGAUCUGUAACAGUAUUGAAUCCAUGCUGAAUAAAUCAUCAACCUGAAACAACACUUUGUCUUUAU